UCUCUUUGCCUGUGUCAGAGCCGGGUUUUUCUCCUGCUGUGCACUGGGCAGUCAAACCUCCCUCAUCAAGGCAGGACUCAUGAACCUCAAGGCAGGAAUCUGACAUCCAGACCCCCUUCCCCCAGCCAGGCCACCCUCUGCCCUAGCCUUGGACGGCCAGCAAGGCCCCCUCCAUUCUCAGUUCCUUACCUGGAGUGAUGGAAAACUCCUCUGUGGCAUCUGCCUCCUCUGAGGCAGGGAGUAGCCGAUCUCAGGAAAUCGAAGAGCUGGAGCGGUUCAUUGACAGCUACGUCCUUGAGUACCAAGUCCAAGGUUUGCUGACCGACAAAACGGAAGGGGACGGGGAGAGUGAGAAAACGCAGUCCAACAUCUCGCAGUGGACAGCGGAUUGUAGUGAGCAGCUGGAUGACAGCUGUUCCUCAUCGAGAGGGAAGGGCUUACCGUCUCACGAACACAAUCAGGAAGAGUGGGAUCACAGCAGCAGUGGGAGUUCAGGAUCCCGGCCUAGUUCAGGCUCCAGGCCUGGGUCUGGAUCAAGGUCUGACAGCCAAGGGAGAAGCAGCCAGUUCAGUCAUUCAACCAAGGUAUAA